UUAAACUCUUGUUAUGAAGUUUUGGUAUGCCGCUUAGCGGAUUAGCAAGCGGCCCACCACUACCUUACCAUUGCUUCCAACUGUAGCUAGCUUUAUUAGUAACAAUUAGCUUAGCUAGAUAGCUAAUGUUAGGCUAGUUUACACACCUGGUUUUAUUAGAGACAGAGUGGCGUUAGCUACUCAUUGUUUCUCUUCUAAUCCACUAAGUUAUAGCUUUAAAUACUAUAGAAAAAACAACGCUUACAACCGUCCUUCAUACAAUUGAGUCGAAAGUAGGUUAAUUUAGCGUUAGCUUCGCGCUUUUUAGCUAGUUAGCUAAACUAGCGUUAGCUAGCUAACGUUAACUGACAAACUAUGUCUUAGACGACAGUGUUUGUGAAGCAUUAACGAUACUAAUAUCUGAAACCCCAAACGAAGUGUAAAAAGCUAUUUUAAUUAGUUUAUUGUUUUAUUGUUUAUUGUUUUAUUUAGUUUAACUCUUGUUAGGAUGUUUUCUGUGGGUUUUGCGUAACGUUAGCAAAUUAGCAAGGAGCUAGCAUUUCUAUACCAAUGAUAAGCAUAUAAUGCAUAUGGAAGGCACCAGUAGAUGGGGAACAUGAACAGCGAUUUUGAAGAUGGCAUUCUUGAAGACAACUCACUAGGAGCUCUGAGUGACGUUUGGGAUGAAGAGCUGAGUGAUGACCUUUUGCGUAGCGAUGAAGAAGACCUAACUACCAGUGAUGUGGCCUCACAUCUGGGAUGUGAACAAGAGGUUGGAGCCCCUCAUCAUGCUGAGGAACCUAGAAGAUGCACUGGGGAGCAGCAGCAGCAGCCAGGAGAGAAACCGGACCAUGGUGAAGUUUUCGACAUCCCAAUCAAUGACCCUGAUGAAUUUCAAGAACUGACCAGAGAGACAGUUAGACCUCAGCAGCAGAAACAGCAGCAGGGGGAGGAAGAGGAGGAGAACUCCAGAGAUGAAGAAGAAAGCAGCAGUUUACAAGCUUCUGCUGCUGAUACUGUGAUCCACUCAUCAAGUGCAGCCAGUGAAGAGAAGAUCUUAACUGAAGCACUGGGGCUUUGUGAAGAGGCCAGACCAGCAUUUUGGGGACGUUUGAAUAAACAUGAAGGUCUUGCAAGAGAAAGAAGUGGAACACAGAUGGACACGCAGUUUCAUCCCUGCAAUGGAUGCCCUGGUCAAAAAGCCCAAAGGGAAUUUUGUCUCCAAAUCGAUGCUGUUUGCAGCCAAAGCUCUGUCUCCUCUCUACCUCCUCUCCUGAUGGAGCUGCAGUCUACAGGAGCAUCCCCCCAGCAAGUGCCCUUGACGUCUACACAAAGCCCAGCCAAUCCUGCUGUGGAUCCCUCGAGCCUCCAAGUUGUAGCAGACUCUUCCAGGCCUCUUCAUGAACAGACCAUCCCAGCAGGAAGUCAUCCAGUGUUCCCAGGACAGCAUAUGUUCGGUCAGCAGCACCACACCUCAGAGCUGGACGGCAGUCCGCUGCUCCACGACCCUGUCUCCACGGGGGCCGCUGGGCGUCCCGGAUGUUCAGGGGACCCCCGGGGGCCCCUCUGCUCUCCACAGAGAAACCUGGGCUUACCCAGCCUGAACAGUAGCCACCCUGCGCCCUUGUGUGUCCCAGGAGAAGCAUCACUGCAGCCGGUGCCAUCUGUCAUUGCACAGCAUCAGCCAUGUGAUACCCAGCCUUUCCAUCCAGACCAAGCCCUCUCUCUUCUACAAACUCCACCUGUUCUCCACCCUAAUCCAGAGCAGAGCAGCCAAUCAUCUUUAAGCCCUGUGCAAGCCCCUCCUUCUGCCUGGCUACCUUCUGUCAGUGUCGAAUCACAGAGCAGCCCUCUGAGCCGACCUGCCCCUAUUUGCUGUGCGGUCAUCAAGCCCAGAAUGCAGGUCCAGAUUUCUCCUAACGUUAGCCAUGUUCUGAGUGAUCGCCCAGUUUUGGCCCACAACAGCUCCUUCAUUAACGUGGCCCGUCCCACGCCCACUCCUGCCGCGCAAGUCCGGCCCAUUGCCAGAGCCGUUGCCACGGGGAUGCCCGGCGCUGCUAGGCAGCAGGCGAGUGCCAGGGCCGGAGUGUGUGCCAGGGCCGUGCUGGAGCCAGUGCUAGCGGGGAAGAGUCGGGGUCAGGAGGUCAAGGAGGAGCCCCAGUCUCCUCUUAGCUCACUCUCCAAGGAAGAGAGGGAGGAGGAAGAGGAGGAGGAGGCCAUUAAGGGGGACACAGACUCUCUCUGCCAGCACCAGACUGACAAUGACAGUAAAGAUGGUGUUCCAGCUUGGUACAGACUACAGCUGGAGAAGCAGAAGCAUCUGAGGCAAAAGCUCAUUGGUCAGAAGGAGGAGAGGAGGCAACUACAGGCUGAGUACAGAAAGAAACAAAGGCAGGACAAGCUCAAGAAUGCUCUCCAAAACCAUGACCAGAAGCCACAGGAUGGUAGACAGGCCCAGAAUAUCAAGAAACCUUCCCAGAAGCCCCCAGCCUCAAACAUACUACCUCUACUCAGACCUCCACCUAAACCAGGCUACCCUCCAGCAGCACCCUUAGCCCAGUGUCCCGCUGCUGCUCCUGCUGCCCUAGUUGAGCGGGCUGCACCGAGGCAUGGCAACCCGUUUCCUUGGCAUGGUUUUCACGGGCGUGGUGAUGAAGGAUCUGGAGUGUUUUCAGGAGUGCCGGGAGAAAGACAUGGCAGGAGGAGGAGGAGGAAGUGGAUGGCAGGGAAGAGAGUGAUGAAAGAGCUGCCAUCUAAAGUGAAGAUGGUUAAACGCAGCAAUAUGGAGAAGGAUGAGGAUGAAAUGAACAUGCGGUUUCCAGCCCAGGUCAGUGAAGGCUCUAGGGUGGUUACCUUCACUCAGAUCCCCUGCUUUGGACCACACACACUCAGACAGGUGUGCCCAAACCUCAGGAGAUAAGCUGUCAGCUACCAGCAACAUGACAAGGUUCGCCUAUGUAGUAAGAAGAGGACCAGCCACUGAUCUAACCAGCACCAAGGCACAAAGAUGGGACACCUAAAACUGUUGGACUUUACUCAACAUUAGGACUUAAAUUUGAUAAUUUAAUAAUUGCACUUCAAACCAAAAAGAACCUUAAUAAUAUAUUUAUGGUAUUUAGUAAUGCAGGAUUUCUUAGUUUAGCAAAAAAAAUUUAGGCUCAAAAUAAAGCCUGACCAAUAGAAAAGCUAAAUGAGACAUUUCUAUUAGACGGUCCUCAGAUUUGGGCUCAAAUGUUUCUGACUACUUAAAAAAUUCCUUUUUGAACAAAAACACCUGAUCAAUAGAAACUUAUACGUACAUAUGGAUUUUCUUCAAUAAAGAGAGAUUUUUCAGUUAGCCAGGUAACUUAAGCCAAAAGUAAAGUCUGAUCAAUAGAAGGAGAGCUGAGAGCUUAGUCAUUAUUGCCAAGGAUGUUCCCCUUAGUAUUGUUCUCUGAUGUUCUACAAUACAUAGCUCACUGAUGCCACCUAGUGAUUAAUUUUGGCACAGUUAAUUUCUCAGCUUUUCUUAGUUUUUCAUUUUCAGUGUGAUUGUAAAUGUCUUGAUACUGUGGACCAAAAAUAAAUGUUAAAUAAAAACAGCAUAAAUCUUUAUUAAUUUAUUAUUUAUUAAGUGUUUGAGGUGUAACAAAAACAUUCAGAGUGGGAUUAGUGUGCAACAAUUUGCACUAAAGAAAACCACAGAAUCGCAUGAUUGUUCACACUGGUGGUGAAUAGAAGCCAAUGUCUAGCGAGUUCAGUGAUUCUCAAAGCUUCCUAUCUAAGUUAUUACAUCAGAUAUGUAUCGGUUGUGAAUGUUGCCAAAUGCUUGAGACACAUGGGUUUGGGUGUAAAACAUGCUUCAUAAAAUUUUGAUACAAUCUGACCAUCAGCGUUUCAUAAAAAAAACUUUAUAUAAAGUUUCUUUAGACUAAACCACACUUUAACACAAACCCCACUCUGAAUGGCUCUGAAUUCUAAUUUACCAUUAAAUUGUCCUUUAAAUAUCCUUUAUCUAAUCUUUCUUUCCUUAUAUGCUGGAUUGCUUGUGCCUCUGUGUUUAAAUGUGUGCUGCAGAAUUCCUGGCUUGUUUGUUCACACUUGAAAUUUUGUCAUGUUUUCCAUUGUUUUCCAAUUUGUGGACUAAACUGAAAAAGUAUGACUAUACAAAUUAUGUAUUGCGUUUAUGGUUAUUUUGGGAAUUGAGGUUAUGGUUUGUUAAAUGUAAAAUGUGAAAUAUAACCACAUCUGUUUACACUCUCCUGCUGAAAAAAAAAACAGAAUACACCAGGAAAUAUAUAAACAAGUUUCCAAAAUGUAAAAAUGAAAUAAAUACAUGGAAUUCAUGCUGGUCCGAGCUGUUCGUUUCA